AUGGCAAUCUUAUACUUUCUAAAUGCAUUCCAUGUCGGAGGCAUCAUCUUCCUGGCCUGGGGGAUCAAUCUGGUUUAUGUCGCCUUUCGCCAAGGUCUCCGCGACAUCCCAGGCCCGCUGGUUGCGAGAUUCAGUUCUCUCUGGCGUCUGUUACUCGUGAGAAAGGGGAAAGCACAUGAUGAAUACCGGAAGCUACACCAGACAUAUGGCCAGGUUGUACGGACCGCCCCUCAUGUCGUGGACAUAUCCGAUCCGGCCGCCAUUUCUGCCAUAUAUGGCAUCAACAGCAAGUUUUUAAAGUCCCCCUUCUAUCACACGCUGGACGUGAUGAUCGAUGACAGUUUUGCGCCCAGCAUGUUCACAACCACUUCACCCGAAGAGCACAAGGCCCUGAAGCGGCCCGUGGCGCAAAAGUUUAGCAUGACAUCUAUUCGUACCCUGGAGUAUCUGGUGGACCCCUGCUGCGAGAUAUUCACAACAGCCAUGAAAGAGAUGGAAGGCAAGGUCAUCGAUCUUGGGGUUUGGGUGCAGUGGUACGCAUUCGACGCUAUCGGUGCCAUCACUUUUGCGGAGCGGUUUGGUUUUAUGGAGCGCCGCGAAGACAUCCACAACGUCAUAUCUGGGAUAGAGACUGGCCUGAAGUAUGCAGGACUCAUUGGACAGCUGCCAUGGCUUCAUCCUUUCCUACUCGGCAGCUUGACUGUCCGCACAAUCAUCCGCAAGCUGUCCUUUCAGGAUCCAGUGGAGACUGUCACCAGAAUGGUGCUAGACGCGAUGCAAAGGUACGACGAUGGCGACAACUCUACCGACCGAGUCGAUUUCCUAGGCUUUCUCCGGCAGCAGCAGAAGUCAACCGGCAAACCGAUGCCACGAGGAGAGUUGAUGAAUCACUUGACGAACAAUCUCCUUGCCGGAAGCGACACAACCGCAAUAUCACUGCGGGCUGUAUUUUACUAUGUCAUUCAAGAUCAGAGAAUCUACAAGAAAUUGCAAGAAGAAGUUGAUUCGUUUCAAGCUGCCGGGAAGCUUUCUCCCGUGAUCAGCUUCGCCGAAAGCCUUGAGAUGGAAUACCUCCAAUUGUGCCUUAAAGAGGCUAUGCGGAUGCAUCCCGGAGUAUCGUAUCCCCUCGAAAGAUUGGUGCCCGCCGGAGGAGUGCAUUUGGGAGGGCAGUAUUUGCCAGAGGGAACCGUGGUAGGGAUGAACCCAGCUGUGGUCCACCGUGACCGCGAGGUAUUUGGAGAAGACGCGGAUGUGUUCCGACCAGAGCGGUGGUUGGGCGAGGACGACGAGGUCGCCAAUAUGGACCGUCAUUUGCUUACCUUUGGGGCUGGCGCCAGGACGUGCAUCGGCAAGAACAUUUCCAUCAUGGAGAUGGGGAAGCUCGUGCCUCAGGUUCUUCGGCAGUUUGAGCUACAGUGGGCGUCGGAGAAGCCGGAGUGGGAUAUUGACACAUACUGGUUUGCCAAGCAGAGCGGUGUGCAGGUGCGAUUCAAGGAACGGUUUCCUGGUCGGCAGAGUGAGAUGUAA